AUGAAAGGACCACUACUAAUUCCACCACUAUCCAUCCAAUCCUAUCUUGUCACAUACAACGAAUUAACAAGAGAACUUCCACCAUUGAUCUGUCAAUUGAGAUCUCCUUACACACUUGAUUUGUCUAAUAACAAUUUGACUGGAACUAUUUCGCCAUGUUUGAGUAACUUAAGUGAUUCUCUGUUAGUUCUAGAUCUCAAAGACAACAACUUUCAAGGUCCCAUUCCUCACUCAUACAAGAAAGGAAACAAAUUGAAAAUGAUUGACUUUAGUGGUAAUAAAUUACAGGGGAAGGUGCCAAGAUCAUUAGUAAGUUGUACUGAGCUUGGGAUUCUUGAUCUCUCACAUAAUUUGACUGAAGAUACAUUUCCUUUUUGGUUAGGAGAUCUUACAAAGUUGCAGGUUCUUAUCUUGCGAUCCAACAAAUUCUAUGGUGCAAUUGAGAGUCCUAAAAUCAAGCUAGGGUUUCCAAAUUUGCGCAUCAUUGACCUCUCUCAUAAUGGUUUUAUAGGGAAUUUGCUAGCAAAAUACUUUCAAAAUUUGAUUGCAAGAUCAUUAGCAAGUUGUACUGAGCUUGGGAUUCUUGAUCUCUCACAUGAUUUGACUGAAGAUACAUUUCCUUUUUGGUUAGGAGAUAUUACAAAGUUGCAGGUUCUUAUCUUGCGAUCCAACAAAUUCUAUGGUGCAAUUGAGAGUCCUAAAAUCAAGUUAGAGUUUCCGAAUUUGCGCAUCAUUGACCUCUCUCAUAAUGGUUUUAUAGGGAAUUUGCUAGCAAAAUACUUUCAAAAUUUGAUUGCAAUGAAAUUUUUUGAUGUCAACAAGGCUACAUAUAUGUACGCACCCAUAGAAAUUCCCCUAAAUAUCAGUCUUCCAUGGAUAUCUAUAUAUUACUUCAACAUGAAUAUUACAAACAAAGGUGUAAAUACAGACUACAAGUGGAUCCUAAAUAUCUUCACUGCCAUUGAUCUUUCAAGAAACAAAUUUGAAGGGGAGAUUCCAAAAUUUUUUGGAAACCUCAAGGGGUUCAAGUUCUCAACCGUUCCAACAAUGACCUUAGUGGUAGAAUCCCAUCAUGCUUGGGAAACCUAA